GCAUCUGCCAACAGUGACAGUUUAUCCACUUCAACUAUAAGUAAUGAUAAAACCAGUAAUGAAGAGGAUGACAUCAAUGAAUUUAGUGAUAGUUUUACUGUUAAGCCCGCAAACGGUGAUGGUUUAAUUGCUGCAUGCACGAAUAAUGAUAAAGAGGAUGUGGAUAAAAAAGAUGACAAAAAUAACAAUGAAGAACAUAGUAAUAGUUCACCUGUUAUGUCCAUAAACAGUGAAGGUUUAGUUGCUUCACUUACAAAUAAUGAUGAAGUCAAUGAUGACAAGAGUGGAUAUAAUAUACAUGUUGACAUUAAUGGCAAUGAAGAAUAUAUUAGGAGUUUACCUGUUACUUUUGCAAAUGGUGACAGUUGUGUUGCCAUGUGUGCACAAAAUGAUAAAAGCACUGAUAAAGAUUAUGAUAAAUACGACAGAGAUAAUGAAAAGGACUGUUUUGCUACUGCCUCCAUCAGUAUUGAUGACAUUGAUGGUUCUGAAAAACACUACAUUUGGAGGUUCAACAUUUAAAGAUGAAGAGCAGCACAUGAUGGACUCCAGCUCUGAACAAGAACUGAUAAAUCAAGAGUUAGAGGAGGAUGAAGAAGAUGAUAAUGAUGGUGAAUAUGAUGGAAGUAGCAGUUUUGAAGAUUCUGAAGAUGAGGAUUGCGGCAUGUAUCCCAAGAAGCUAUACUCUGAUCCAGCUUACCCAGGAGCGGUCUUCCAGGCUCUUGAGAACAUGAUGUUGUACUCAGUCCUCACUGACUUGACCCUCUUCACAGAGGAUGGAUACCAAUUCCAGGUUCAUUCCUUUGUCUUGGCUGCGGUCAGUUACCUUAUACAGACGAGACUCAAACAGAAGCCCAAACAAGAGCAGUAUAUCUCAUUGUAUAUGGGUCCUGAGGUUCAUGGUUCAGGGUUGGCAGCAGUGGUGGAGUUCGCCUAUACAGGGAACAUCGGCAUUCUGAACAAAGGCAAUAUAGAAUGUGUUUGGUCUGCAGCUGUCAGCCUGGAAGCUCCAAGAAUUCUAGAACUCUGCAAAGAGGAGGAAGAGAGAGAAGAAGACAAGGCAAGAGGAAAGAAAGUGGACGGAAAAGAGAUUUCUGCUGAGGAAAAUAUGAAAAUGAGUCUACAGCAAAUCAGACAGUUAUGGACACAGAGAAUGGGAAGUGACGUGGAGCUUGAAGCGGAAGGAAGAGUGUUUCAUGCUCACAGAGCACUCCUGGCUGCCAGCAGCGACUACUUUAGAGCCAUGUUUACCAGCGGUAUGAAGGAAAGCAGACAGGAAUUGGUGUCUCUGCUGUUAGUCGGGGCCGCCAAGUUUGAAGCCCUCCUGCACUACACCUACAGUGGGGCUCUUGCUCUCGGAUGGGGCUGUGUGUUUGAUCUCACCUGUACAUCUCUGCAAUUCCAGUUCCAGACUGCCUUCUCACUAUGCCUUAACUUCCUGCAACAAGAAAUAGAUGCUUACAGUUGCCUAGACGUAGCAUCUUUUGCAGAGGCCUAUGGAAUGGCGGAGUUACUUGCACUGGCCGAUGACUUUGUCUUGAGGCACUUUCAAGACGUGUCCAUCACUCCAAAGUUCCAAGAUCUCCCUGUAGAGAAACUAAAGAAGUACCUUCAAAGUGAUUCUCUCUGUGUUCCCUCUGAGUUGCCCGUGUUCAGAGCAGUCAUGUGUUGGAUCGAAGCCUGUCCCAGAAAGCGGGUCAAACUUGCCAGGGAGCUGAUGGGAACCAUUCAGUUUCCCCUCAUGACCUUUAAGGAGUUCAAAGAAGUCAAGUCCAUAGCAUCUUUACCGAGAAUUGGCGCCAAAAAACUAUACGAUUCUCUCCUUGCGGAGUUCUGUUCCAGUUCUUCAGAGGUUCAGUCAAAUUUCAGGGCCUAUAUGCCUAAAGACACUCUAGUCCUGGUUGGUGGUGAGAGGAUCACUGAUAAUUUUGACAAACGUAGACUGUGUAGGGAAAUGUGGUUUAGCAAUUCCUUGCAGAACCACAUUGGAUUGGUGAAGAAAGUAGAGUGGAGAAUGCUGGGAACUUUACCUGAGAAACCAAGAUUCAGUCAUGGAGUUGGAGUAAUGAGGGGCAAGCUUUACGUAGUUGGUGGACGGCAUUAUUACGGCAAAGCUGAUACCAUGAAUUGCACCUACAGGUACGAUCCCAUCCAAAACUUUUGGCAAAGGUUGGCCGAUAUGCAUGAGACAAGAGGCAGCUUCACUCUAGUGGUCCUGAAUGGCAAAAUAUAUGCAAUUGGUGGAGAGAGGGACUCAGAGGUCAAUAUGGAGAGUGUGGAGGUUUACUGCCCCAACACAAAUUCUUGGAGGUUAGUACAGUAAAAGAGUAACACAAAAAAUACAUUUGUAAUUUCAGGAAGAAUAUAAAAGGCAUGCAUGAUUCUAGAUCAACAUCAGCUGUUCUUCCUGGAACAGUGUUCUAAAACAUAAUCACAGGCCUGAAACUACCCACAUGUCUAAAUGUUGUAUAAGAGCCAAACCCCUAAAACAAACUCUUACCUAAACUUUAAUUUGUUUAUGGACCUUUGUCAGAUUAGGCACCAUAUUUUUGUUCAAAUAAAAACCAUGUUGUAAGGCGGUGGUUUCCAAUCCUCAACAACUGACAGAAAAGUAAUAACAUUACAAACCACUGGACAGACUGUAUGUCUAUCCUUUAUAACACGAAGUCGUCAUAGGCAUCUACUCUAACCAAAGUCCAGAAGUAUGUUGCUACAGGACAAACAAUGUUGAUUGCGAGUUGGUGUCCUACUUGGCAAAGUCAUGUAAGUUCACAGAACAUAUAGCAAAUGUGACCCUGGACCACAAAACCAGUCUCAAGCCGCUUGGGUAUAUUUUUAGCAAUAGCCCCCCCCCAAAAAAACAAUUGUUAACAAAC